GUCACUGGCCACAUGGCAGUUUCAAAAAUUAAAUCAAAACUUAAGCUGAAUCCUCUAACAAAAGUACCUGUCUCCCACAGCAGGAGGGAUAAAGAUUUACCAGGAUCUCUUCAAUGCCAAUCACAACACAGAGAAAAGAAGUUGAGUCAUUCACAAAUGGAAGCCUUCCAAGAUGCCUACAACUUCUUCAACAAGGACAAAACUGGCUGUAUUGAUUUACAUGGAAUGAUGUGCACUUUAGCUAAGCUGGGAAUGAAUCUAAGCAAGCAUGAUGUCGAUAAUGAAUUAAGAUGUGCUGAUAUUGAUGGAGAUGGGAAGGUAAACUUCUCAGACUUUAUAAAGGUGCUAACAGAUAAGGACCGCUUCCUCAGAGCUGUUGUUCCAGCAAAGGAGACCUGUUUAGAUGUAGCUGGCAAUCCAGGGAUCCUACUGUUUGAGAUCUUAUCAAAGCUUGUAGAGACUUCAGCCCUACCCAGAAAGGCUGUAAUGGAACUAGUAAGCUAUUUCCGAAGAAAAUUCCAGGACACCAGUGCAGAAAUACCAUGGAGUCCCUAUGCUAUGGGUUAUGGAAAAAGGAGACUUAAGCCAGACAUAUGCAUACCUCCAAACUCAAGCAUGGCUGCUUUUGCUAAUGCUGCCAAGGUUGCAAUAACAGAAGAAAAGGAUUUAUUUAAAUUUCUUGAAGAGCUCAAGAGAUGCAAUCCCCCUUCAGACAGUCCAUAUUCAAAAGUACCCAUCUUUCCGUUGUUUCCUAAUGUGGAUGGGAUGGUGAUAGGAAAGCCAUUCAAAGACAUACAGAAAUUAGAAAUGCUAAGGAGAAAAGAGCCUUUGAGUUUCUUUGAGAACUAUUUUUUCCAUAAAAAAGACUGGAAAACACAG